GAAGAUAUCCUAUCACAAUUAUUAUUAUUUUAAGAUAUGUACCAAUAUUUAAUAAAUUGCAGCUUCUAUUGAAUUUGACUGAUUAGUGAUUACCAAUGUGAACCUGGCCCAUGCACAUACCUUUUGUUAUUACUAUCAUGCAUAGGAGUAAUAAUAUGUUGAAGUCGUUUCAUUCAUUACAUGAUUUAUAAUCUAAAUGAAAUGUAUUCUCCAAGGCAAAAAGUUAUCUGGUUUGCGUUCUACACGAGGGUUGUUGUAUUAUUAGUGCAAGCUGUGUCAAAUAACAUCAUUCCAGAUCAUAAAGCAAAUGUGUUUGUAAGUCCUGAAGAUCCCACACUACAUGUUACAACUGUUGAUGUUAUCAUAAACAGACUUCUUGGUGGUUUGAAAAGAUGGGAUGCUCAAUAUUUUAUACAUAUAGCUCAAUUUGGUUAUACAUAUGAGAAUUCAUUGGCUUUUUUCCCAUUAUUUCCUCUUAUAGUUAGGUAUGUUGCUUAUAUCUUAAAUAGCAUCUUUGGUAACAUUAUAAAUUUUCAUAGUAAUUUAUUGAUAUCAGCCACACUUGUGAAUUUGCUAUUUUUUCUUAAGUCAGUAGAUGUUUUACAUAAAUUGAGCUUAAGAAUCUUUCACAGUGAAAGCAAAGCAUAUAAAUCAGCAAUUUUGUAUUGUGUCAAUCCAGCUAGCAUAUUUUUUACCGCUCCAUAUUCAGAAUCAUUAUUUGCAUACACAUCAUUCUACACCAUGUUGAAAUGCACUGAACAAGAAUCACUUAGAUUUGCAAACAUUGAUAUCAUGAGUGCAUUUCCAGCUGGACUGUCAUUGACAACAAGGUCAAAUGGCAUAGUAAACCUUGGUUUCAUAAUUUAUACAAGUUUUAAAAAUACUCUUGAGAAAACAAUUCCAGAAAUAAUUUACAAAUAUAAAACAUUGAGAAACAAGUUAAUUCUUCCUGUAUUAGUAUUGCCUAUUCUUACUACAAUUGUGACAUUAAUUCUGACUGUAAUAAUGUCUUUUAUUCCAUUUAUAUUAGUACAAAUUUAUAAUUAUAUGAAAUUUUGUGUUGACAAUGAACACAAUUUGCCAGAGUAUCUUUUGAUCUCAAAUUAUGUUCUUCCGGGCAAUGCUAACAGUCCUUGGUGUAAUUAUUCAAUUCCUUUGUCAUAUUCAUAUAUUCAGAGUCACUAUUGGGGUGUUGGGUUUCUUAAAUAUUACAAACUAAAACAAUUUCCUAAUUUUGCAUUAGCAACUCCUAUAUUGCUUUUAAUAAUAAUUAAUUGUUUAAUAUACAUCAAGAAUAAUUUAAGGAUAUGUCUAAGACUAGGAAUAAGGGAUAAUAUUUUAAACUUUGGGUAUGCUAAGAUGCCUUAUAGACCAAAGUUUUAUUCUAAGGGUUUUGGGACCAAUGAAGCAGUAUUUUUUGUAUAUGUUGUACAUAUUAUGUUUUUAUCUAUUUUUUGUAUUUUAUUUGUUCAUAUACAAGUUGCAACAAGGUUUUUAGCUUCAGCCAGCCCCAUUCUCUACUGGAUAUGCUCUACAAAAAUUAAUGUUUCUCCUACUCCAUCAUCUGAUCAGAAUACUAUUAAUGAACACUUUCGUCACAUCGGAGUGGCCAAGAAAAUACCAUCUCAUCAUUUAUCAAUUGUAAAUUUGGAGGGUGUUGAUAACAUGUACAGUAAAUGGCGAACAUUUAUAGUGUCAAAAAGAAUGCCAGAUUUAAUGUCUCGUAUUAUCCAGGUUUAUUUUCUUAGCUAUUUUUUUAUUGGGACAGUACUAUUCUCAAAUUUUUAUCCAUGGACAUAAUCAAAUUAUAAAAGCACAUAUCAUAUCAUAGCUUAAUAAUUAAGCAUAAGAUAAUUUAAUUACAGAAUGUUUUCAAAAUAUGACAUAUCAUUACUGUAAACUCACCUAUCAAAAAUUUAUGAAUAUAAAAAUGAUUGUAAUUAUGAUUUAAUUAAUGGUCAUUAUGAAAAUUGUACAAUAAUUGAUGGCUUAAGUAUAAUGGAAUUGGGGCCUUUUCACUAGUCCAUAAUGUUAAUAAUUAUACUUAUAAGUAAUCACAAUUUUAAAUGUUAUGCAUAUCUUUUGUAGCUGUAAUAUUAUAAUCAAAUUGUGUAUCCUAUAAGUGAAAAAGCUAGUAAGUUGGCAUUAUGUUUAGAGAUAUGUAAUAAUAACAUUAAAUGCAGUGCUUUGGGUUUCAUAUUUUCAAACAGCACUAUUGAAACAACAUAAAACUAACUGUUUACUGAUGGUAUAUGAUAUGAACUACUUUUUUUUUAAUUAAAAAAUGGCAUAGAGGGAAGUGAAGAUGUUGAAAGCCUUUUUUUAUAUGGUACUGUAACACACAUAAUCUAAACUAUGAAAAUAAAGUGAGUGGCUGUGGACACUAAUUCUCUACAACCUAAUAUAAGAUGUGCAACAACUAUUUUAUGAGGAAAGACUGGAAAAGAGGGGAUUAACUUAGUAUUUAAAUAAUAAUAGAAGUGCCAUUGUAUGUUAGGACUAGAUAUUAGACAGAAUAUCACAUGUUAAUUGCCGGAUUCCCAAAGAAAGAUGUAGAUGUUAAACCAAAUUCAUUGAGGUUAAAUAAAUGAAUAUUUGUGAAUUUUAUAUAAUUAGCUACCACUUCGAAAAAAAACUAAAAGGCAUUUAUUUUCUGAAAAAACAAAAUUGAUUCUUUUAGAAUUCUUUCUGAUGUCAUUAAAUAAAAACUUUACUGAGAACGAUCUAGGUGUCUUGGGUUAAUCUAGUUAAUUAGUGAUUGUAUCAUAAGAUUAAGAAGAAGAAUACUACCAACAAUCUUUUCAAUGAUUAAUAAGUUCCCUGAUUUUUAUUUUCUAAAGCAAUGUAACAGUAAAACCAGUUUGGGGUAGUUAAUUUAAAGGCAUUCUAUUCCAUAUCUAGUCAUUUUUACCUGGAAGAUGAAUGAUUCUUUUCUAAUUGAUAGUUAUAUUUUAUAUAUUAUGAUAGUAAUUGACUGUAAGGAGACAUUUUGAAGAAUAAAAUCUGCCAUAGUAUACAGGAUUUUAAGUACAAUAGUAAAGAUGACUUUUCCAGUAAUAAUAUAUAAGUAACAAUCUUGUUUAGUUGAUAUUUUAUGUAAGGAAUUAUUUAAGUUAAUAAUAUUUUUAUAGAUAUUCGCACAAUUGCUAUCCUUGAAAGAUAUUUUGCCGUCCAAUUAAUAUUUCGUAGUUAUACCUACACAACACAUGAAGAUAUACCGCACAUUUAAUAAUUGCUUUUCUUAGUCGAUCUAGUCGUAAUGGUUGUGAGCGCUCAAUCAAUUUUACCAAAUAUGCAUAAAUAGGAAUUUACUAGUUUUAUGAACGUGAGUAGACGCCUGGCACUAAUGUAGAGCGCAGGUGUAUGAUGUGUUCAUUGGGCAUUGGCUUGCAAUACAGUGUGAAUGUAUGUGACAGUACAACUGCACAUUACUUUUUCCAUUUGAUAAAAAUAAAAUACCUUGAAGUAUAAAA